GGCUUUUCCUGUUCAGUUCCCUACAGGUCAGAACACUCUGGAUGAACAGAGAUGUAUUAAAGUCACACCGAGCACUUAUUUCAAGUCCAGACUUUUUAAUGUUGAUGAUCGUUUUGCCAGAGACACAAAUUAUCUUUUCUUUGCACAGUUUGUGACUGAGAUACACCUGGCAAAAUCCAGCAUGACAGUACAGUUACGGAAAGGUAAAACUCAGACUAAAGAUGGCCGACAGAUAACAUCUGGGAUGUUGCAAAAUAAACAAGAGGUUGAGAGGCUGGUGAGAAAUAAAGAUGCAACUAGAUUUAUGCAGCCGUUAAGAGGAACUCCAGCUUAUUGGGAAAAGACAACAAAGGAUUUGUUUGCCAUGGUCAGACAGCUGGGAACUCCAACAUUCUUCUGCACUUUUUCAGCUGCCGAGAUGCGUUGGCCAGAAGUUAUUACUGCUAUAAAAAGACAACAAGGUGAAGAGGUUGACUUUGAAGGGCUUAACUGGUCAGAAAAGUGUGACAUUUUAAGAUCAAACCCAGUAACAGCCAUGCGCAUGUUUGAUAAGCGUGUUGAAGCAUUAUUCAGAGACCUGCUGUUUUCUCCUGCUCAGCCUCUUGGUGAAAUAGCAGAUUACUUUUACAGAGUUGAGUUUCAGCAUAGAGGAAGUCCACACAUCCACGGUUUAAUAUGGCUUAAAGGCAAAGUUCCGGUCGUAGAUGAAGACGAUGAUCAGACUGUCUGUGACUUUGUUGACAGAUACAUAUCUGCCCAAUUGCCUGACCCAGACAGAGAGCCUGAACUUCACAAGAAAGUAUCAGAAGUACAAAAACACAGUCGAAACCAUACCCGCACGUGCUUUAAGAGUGUGAACUCUGGCUGUAGAUUCGGU